GUGUACCCAUAUUGCAGUGCAUUUUGUGUUCUUUCUUUGUCGGUCAUAAUUGGAUGCACUCGAACUUGCUGGUAUUUAUUUGGCGUAGAAAACUUUCAUUUCUUCUGCUGGCAUCGGGCCUCAUAUUAUUCGCUCUUUGGACCUGGGCUAUACUUAUCGAUACAACAGCAACAGCAUCCUCCACCACACCGAAUGAAAACAGUGCCGCUUCUGGAGUCCAUGAACGAGAGCCGGUCUAUCAGCACGCCUAUAUAAUACAAAAGCUCAUCGCUCAGGCAAAUCGUAUAUUACGAGCCGAACGUCUAAAGGACAACGUUGAGACCGAGAGUGCCAAACUAAGCUCAGCAGCUCAUCCACAUCCACUGGGCAUUGUACGCUUCUUAAAGCCCACAUCAACAGCCGCAGAGAAUACACUAACAAGCGCGCGACGCAAAAAAGCGCCCGCCCUCCCAUUUGGCGAGAGCUAUCUGUUCGAGCAGGAGCGUCUUAAGAUACUCGAGCAGCAGCACCGACAGCGUAACGCCAACAUGGAGGAUGAUGGUGCCGAUGAUGAGCGCAUGCUGACCUCAGCGGAGCGACAAACUCAGUACGAGAACGAACUGCAACGCAUGGGUGUGCCCGUGGUGGCCAAUAUUGGACCGGAUGGACCUCGUGCUCCGCCAGAGCGCUUAGUUCAUCUCGAUCUCAAGGGUGCGCCCCCCAAGCUGAGCUUCCUUAAGCAAAUGCUGCCCAUGUUGCGCAGUCUGGGCGCCACGGGUCUGCUCAUCGAGUACGAGGACAUGUUUCCUUUUACGGGUGCACUGCAGCAGCUAGCGGCGGGGAAUGCGUACAAGGCAGAUGAGUUGAGGGACUUUCUGGAGACUGCCGCCAUGCAUGGACUCAGCAUCAUGCCGCUCGUUCAGACAUUCGGCCAUUUGGAAUACGCCCUGAAAUUGUCUGAAUUCGAGCAGCUGCGCGAAAUACCCGAGAGUCCGCAAUCCAUUUGUCCCAGCCAGCCGCAAAGUCUGGCCUUUUUGGAGCACAUGCUGACCCAAGUGAUUGAAUUCCAUUUGCAUCCGGGGAAUGCCACGCAGGCCACUCCCGAACUGCCUCUAAAGUUCACUCAUCUGCACAUCGGCUGCGACGAGGUGCAGCGCAUGGGUGAAUGCUCACGAUGCCGGCAGCGCAUGCGCAGUGAAAUUUUUCAGACGCAUGUCAUCAGCUUGGCCCAUUUUGUGCGGCAGCGCUUUCCACAUAUAAAGGUCAUCAUCUGGGACGAUAUGCUGCGAGACAUGACGUUGAGUGAGCUGCAGAAUUCACAAAUAGGCAGCUAUGUGGAGCCAAUGGUUUGGGUCUACGCAAGCGAUAUUUAUCAUUUCAUACAGCCCCAAUUGUGGGACACCUAUGCAAAGGUAUUUCCGGGGGCCUGGGCUGCAUCGGCCUUCAAGGGUGCCUUUGGCGAGAGUCUAUUGGUGCCGCCGCUGCAGCGCCAUUUGGAGAACAACAUUCGCUGGCUCGCUGUUAUUGGCAAGGAGGGGGGACGGUUUUCUAAGGGCUUGCGUGGCUUGGCGCUGACAGGUUGGCAGCGUUACGAUCAUUUUGCGGUGCUCUGUGAACUGCUGCCUGUGGGCAUACCCAGCCUCAUGACCUCACUGUCCACCGUGGCCAAAGGUUACUUUAGCACCAAUCCCAAGGAUAAUGAACUUUUACGCGUUCUGCAGUGCGUCUUUCAGCCGGAUAGUCGUCGUUCGGGCCAUGCUUGGCUGGAACUGCACCCAAAUGCCCAUCAUAGUCAAUUAUUUUUGGUCUGCAAUUAUCCUGGACAUUUGGUCUAUAAAUAUGCGCUGCGCCUGCAGGAUAAGCUGAUGGAAGUGGGGGUGUAUUUACAGCAGACACGUGAAAACAGCGCCUGGUUGUCCGAUUAUAAUAUCAGGCACAACUUCAGUUCGCCUCUACGCGUGCGUGAAUUGACAGCACGCACGCCAAUGCUCAUCGAGGAGCUGCUGACGAUGGCGCGUGAGGCCCAACAGCUGCUCUGGGAGGUGUACGAUGAUCACACAGUGGCGGAAUUUGUGGAGCAGCACAUUUAUCCAACGAUAACAAAGCUGCGACAACAGCUGGAACAGGGACAAUCCCUCCUGCAACGUAGAAGUUGGCCACAGCGACCAUUGCCGCCGACUACCGAACUGCAGCAGGACUUGGGCAUGGGAGCUGGAAAGGCCCAUCAAGGGGAACAAUGAAGGGGCGUUACUUGUGCAAUAAAUACAAGCAAGCGAUAAAUCAUUGCUUCCGGGUAGGAAAUUCACAAAUGCUUAAAUUAUUUCCUUCAUCAGUUGAUUUUAAAAACGGCAUUAUUAACUUUAAUUAAUUUUAACAUUUUGUGAAUUCUUUUAAAAAAAUGUAUCUGAUAUUAAAUGUUUUAUUAUUUCCAUAUUAUUCUUCUUUAACUUA